AUGCCAGCUCACCCCGACUCCGGCGUAGGCGUCACCUUUCCCAGCGGAUGCCGCAUCACACACGGCAACGGCGCGAAUAUCAAGAAGCCAUUCCAGGAUCUCGACUUGACCAUGUAUGAGCUUUCCCCAUCCAAUGCCAAUGGAUUCCGCGGCCAGCUCGGCUUCAUCGAAUUCAACACAAGCUAUCGCCUCCCCCGGCAUAUACACAUGUCCUCCGAUCGUCAACGCUUGGUAGACGAGAGAAUCAUGAUCUUGCACGGCGUGGCCUUGGUCGAGAUCGCGGGCUCCGUGUACGUCGUAGCUCCUGGGAGUCUGGUAGAUACCGUGGGUGGUGUACCGCAUACCUUUACUGCCUGUCCUGCUGGUGUCAGACUGCCGGAUGGGACUGUGUCGAGUGGCACAUUUACGAUGGUGUAUGAGUACGAGGAACCAACAAGCUUUUUCCCCACGAUGUCGACAGAGGUGGUAAAGGAUCCAGUGGAAUAUCAGGCUUGGGAAGGAUCGUUAGAGGAGAUCAGAUUCCCGCAGUUGAGCGCGGGAGACGUAAUAGAUAUAGGGAAAGUGGUAUUCAACCACGAGCUGAUGGGACUCCAUCUAGCUUGA